AGCUCUGGAGGCUUUAAAGAAAAAAGUUGCGACGCUUCAAAGGCAACGCAGCUGCAGCAGACUGAUCUUUAGCUUCAGCUUCAGCUUUAGCUUCAGACACGUGGAAGCUAACCAGCUAACCAGCUAGCAGGAGACACAUAGCUGCAGCUGGCUAGCCUAGCCUAGCUUAGCUCAUAAUAGCUCCUCUGCUGGGGUCAAGAACAGACAUCAAACCUGAGCAGGACAGGAUCUGAACCUGUGGACACCAAUCCUCAACUCUGCCUUCUGUCUGCUCGUCCUCAUCUGGUGAUUGUGGUUGUACUGGGAGAACUGGUGAUGGGGCACAGGGUUGACCUCGGGGUUCUUCGGCCUCGUCCCGUCCAGGCCAUGGUGCCGCUGCUGCUCCUCGUCAUCCUCUCGGCGGCGGUUUGGGCGGAAAACCAGGACUACUACGAGCUGCUGAAAGUGAGCAGGGAGGCCACGACCAGAGAGAUACGACAGGCCUUCAAGAAGCUGGCGCUCACCAUGCACCCCGACAAAAACCCAGGCGACGCUGCAGCCCAUGAGAAGUUCCUGCAGGUGAAUCGAGCCUACGAGGUUCUGAAGGACGCAGACCUCCGGAAGAAAUAUGAUAAAUACGGAGAAAAGGGAUUGGACGAGCAGCAGCAGGGAGGACGCUACGAGAGCUGGAACUUCUACCGAUAUGACUUCGGUAUCUACGAUGAUGAUUUGGAGAUCAUCACGUUGGACAGCGGAGACUUCGGUAAGCCAGUGAACUCUGGAGAAAUCUGGUUCAUUAACUUCUAUUUCCCACGAUGUUCUCACUGCCACGAGCUGGCUCCCACGUGGAGGGAGUUUGCCAAAGAGAUGGAUGGAGUCAUCAGGAUUGGAGCGGUGAACUGUGGAGACAACAACCAUCUCUGCAGGAGUAAAGGCAUCAACAGCUACCCAAGUCUGUUCAUAUUCAGAGCAGGACAGAGACCAGAGAAGUUUAACGAGGAGCGCUCUAAAGACAGCCUGGUCCGCUUCUCCAUGAAGUUCAUCACAACCACCGUCACUGAGCUCUGGCAAGGCAACGUGUUCAGCGAGAUAGAGAACGCGUACGCGUCGGGGCUCGGCUGGCUGAUCACCUUCUGCUGUGACACUGGAGAUUGUCUGGAGCCAAGAACGAGACAGAAGGUUGCUGGGAUGUUGGAUGGUCUGGUUAAGGUGGGAUGGAUGGACUGCACCACACAGGAACAGCUCUGUGACAGUUUCCAGGUGACCAGUGGAGUUACUGGUUUGUUCCCACCUGGAAGUUCUCUGGAUGAAAAAGACAGCGUACUGUGGCUGAAUACUCUGGACAGUCGAGAGAUUUACAAUCAGGUCAUCGGCCACCUGCCUGAUCUGGAGCGACUUACCAGUGACAGCUUCGAGAGGAAGCUGGCCCAUCAUCGCUGGUUGGUGAGUUUUACGUUUGGAGACGGAAACGCCGCCUCCAACGAGUACAAGAAGCUGCAGGCCUACCUCAAAAAUGACCACAUACAGGUUGGCAGAGUCGACUGUAUAGCAGACUCAAAGUUGUGUCAGUCACUCUACAUCCAUAAACCCUGUGUGGCUGUGUUCAAAGGACUGGGAAUCCACGACUUUGAGAUCCACCACGGUAAAGAUGUGCUGUACAACAUCGUGGGUUUUGCGAGGGACAGCGUUCGUGCUCACGUGACGACUCUGAGGCCCGACAACUUUCCUUCGGACAGGAAGGAGCCCUGGCUGGUCGACUUCUUCGCUCCGUGGUGCCCUCCAUGUCGAGCUUUACUUCCUGAGCUGAGAAAAGCUUCAAUCCAGUUGGCCGGACAGAUGAAGUUUGGCACUCUGGACUGUACCAUCCACCACACCCUCUGCUCUACGUAUAAUAUUCAGGCUUAUCCCACCACAGUGAUCUUUAACGGCUCCUCUACUCAUGAAUAUGAAGGACAACAUUCAGCUGACGGCAUCCUGGAGUUCAUACAGGAUCUGGUCAGUCCGUCAGUGAUGAUCCUGGAUCCUUCCAGCUUCAGCGAGAAAGUUAAAGGUCGAGCUGAGGGGCAGAUCUGGGCGGUGGAUUUCUACGCUCCAUGGUGUGGCCCCUGUCAGGCUCUGAUUCCAGAGUGGAGACGCAUGGCCAGGAUGCUGUCGGGUCAGAUCCAGGUCGGUUCAGUCGACUGUCAGCGGUUUCAGUCGUUCUGUCAGGGUCAGAACGUGAGGGCGUACCCUGAGAUCCGCCUGUAUCUCGGCAACAGCCGUCAGCCGGAUCGCUACAUGAGUUAUAAUGGUUGGCACAGAGAUUCUCAUUCACUGAGAUCAUGGGCACUGAGCUCCUUACCCAGAGCGUCGGUGGACCUGACCCCGGAGUCCUUUAGGUCUCUGGUUCUGUCAGGUCAGGAUCACUGGAUCCUGGAUUUCUACGCCCCUUGGUGUGGACCCUGUCAACACUUCGCUCCAGAGUUUGAGGUCCUGGCUCGGGUUCUUAAAGGGAAGGUCCGAGCAGGGAAGGUGGACUGUC